CCAUCAACAGCUUGUAAUACAAAAUAAAACUGACGUCGUGCAACUCUCUCACUACACCUCCUCAUCUCACUGUAUUUUAUUGCUCAAUUCAAAAUGUCGUGGCUAUCUAUCCCCGCCGAGUCUCACUUCUCCAUCGCCAACAUCCCCUUUGGCAUCAUCUCUACUUCGUCAAACGCUACGCCUCGACCUGCUGUUGCUAUCGGCGAUCAUGUUUUAGACCUUGAUGCUUUUGCAAAGGGAGAUGGGUUCUCGGGUAGUUCUGAGAUUCAGAAGCACGCUGAUGUGUUUUCUCAACAAUCCCUGAAUGCUUUUGCUGCUCUCGGUCGUCCAUUUCAUCGCGCGACGAGGAGUUAUCUCCAGGAUGUCUUUGCAAAAGAUACCAAGAACCCAGUACUGAAGGAUAACCAGAAACUUCAAGACGCUGCCCUUCUGAAGCGCUCUGAUGUCAAGAAUCACCUUCCUUUGACCAUUGGAGAUUACACCGACUUUUACGCUGGCAAGAAUCACGCUUUCAACGUCGGUUGUCUCUUCCGUGGUCCCGACAACGCGCUCCAACCCAACUACACUCAUCUCCCCGUCGCUUACCACGGAAGAGCCAGCAGCGUUGUCGUAUCAGGCACACCAAUCCGACGACCCUGGGGACAAAUCCUACGUCCUGGUAACAAGGUUCCUGACCUCGCGCCAUGUGAGAGGCUUGACAUUGAGCUCGAGAUGGGCAUGUUUAUCUGUCGUGAGAACGAGAUGGGAAGUCCUGUUCCUAUUGACGAGGCUGAUGAGCACAUCUUUGGUUAUGUUCUCAUGAAUGACUGGAGCGCACGAGAUAUCCAGGCUUGGGAAUAUGUGCCUCUUGGUCCUUUCACGGCUAAGAACUUGGGUACGAGUAUUAGUGCCUGGGUCGUGCUGGCUGAUGCUCUUGAGGGGGCUAAGGCAGCUGGUAUCAAGAAUGAUAAUGAAAUCCUGCCUUAUCUAAAGGAGAAGAAGGAGAAUAAUGUCUUGGACAUUGACCUCGAGGUCGAAAUCAUCACUGCCGCUGGUAACAAGAACCAUCUGAGCAAGACCACCUCGCGUAACCUACUCUGGUCAUGGCCUCAGAUGAUUGCCCAUCACACCAUCACAGGUUGUAACCUUCGACCUGGUGAUCUUCUUGGAUCAGGUACUAUCUCCGGUACUGAGUCUGGUACCGAGGGUAGUAUGUUGGAACAGACCAAAGGCGGCAAGGUUCCCAUUCAAUUGAAGGACGGUGAGGAGCGCAAGUUCAUCCAGAACGGCGAUACACUGAUCAUUCGCGGUGCUUAUGGAAGUGGUGAUAAGAAGGUUGGUUUUGGCGAGGUUUCGGGGCAAAUCCUUGAGCCUCUUCCACUGUUCAAGUGAAGCAAGUCCGGGGAAACGUAUAGGUAGUAUGAAAAGCUAAAUAGACUUUACUUGCAUCAAUUUGUUUGCCAUCUUUGUGUACAUUCUACCCAUAGCUUAGCAUGCCAGAUCACGGCAGCGUAUAGUUCCUUGUAUAUCUACUCUUUUGAAGUAUCGUGUCCCAAGUACUCGUGUUAGCAGAGUCAAGUUUAACCUUAUGGCCAGCAAGUAGUCAUGUAGACCUUUCUGAAGAACCCGGAACUUUCGUUUUAACCUGCCGUAGGGCUAUCCAGACUUUGCAUAUCAGUUCUGUAUCUAUCAAGCCUUGAGAUUGUCAGGCGUAUCAGGCUGAUUCUGCCAAUGCGCCUUCACAACAGCAGGAUGAUCCUUCAACCCCUCCACAAUCUUCCCAAUCGUCGGAAACAGCGUCAAAUCAACCCCAAACCUCUCUGCAUUCCACAUAGCAGGCAUAAGACAAGCGUCCGCCAACGUCAACUCAUCACCAACGCUACACUUCCCCGCCGAAUCCUUCACGACCUCCUCAUAAGCCUUAAGUCCAUCACUCAUGAGCUGCUUAUUCCACUCUUCUGCAUUCCCGCCGAGCUCUCUGACACGACGCAUGAUGCGCAAAUUUGUAACGGGCUGGAUAUCGGCGCAGAUGAUGUUGACGAGGGUUCGCACUAUUGCGCGUGCUUCAGGGUUGGAGGGUAGGAGGGCAUGGGAAGGGUGUUUUUCUUCGAGAUAUUCGAGGGCUGCGACGGAUUGGCCGAUGCGGAAGGGUUUGUCUUUGGAGGCAUUUGAGAUGAGAACGGGGACGGAUGCUGAUGGGUUGAGGGUUUUGUGAGAAUCGGAGAGAUGCUCGUUCUUUAGAAGAUUGACAAAUGCUAGUUCGUAUGGAAUUCCUUUUGCAUUGAGAGCGAUGCGAAUACGCGCUGAGCAGGAGGACCUGAAGUAAGAGUAGAGAGUAUACUGAGAGUCAGACAUAUUGAACAAUGAAAUUGAUCAAGUUACUACUGUAGAUGAGAGCAGUUCAAUUGAAGAGAAGUAAAGGACCUCCUCGCAACGACCCGACCCCAAGGCCACGCCCUUCUUAUGUCACGAGAAUGAUU